GCAAACGCUCAGUUCAGUGACUACCGCACCCAUACGUGUGCUUCGCUAAAUCGAACUUAGCUCUCCGACACCAAAAUGCUGCGCUACGCUGCUCUCCGCACUGUCCCGCGCGCCAUCGCGCCCGCCCGCCGGGCCAUGGUGAUUCGGUCUUUCUCGGAAAGCAACGAUGCCGCGCCCCCGGCUAAGAAGGCAACCAAGCCCGCCAAGGCGGAGAAGGCGCCGAAGGCGGAGAAGGCGCCGAAGGUGGAGAAGCCGAAGGCGAUGCGCGCGCCAAGCGCUUACAACCUGUUCUAUAAGGCGAUCUUCCAGCAAGUGCGCAGCGAGAACCCCGACAAGAAGGUUACUGAGCUCGGGUCAAAGGUCCGCGACAAGUGGGCUUCCAUUUCGGCACUGGAGCGGGCGCCGUAUGAGGCGCAGGCUGCCGCGCGCAAGAAGGAAGUGGAUGCCAAGAGGGCUGAGGUGCUGGCUGCCAAGAAGGCCGCCGCCCGGCCCGUGACCGCCUACAUCGCGUUCGCCAAUGCCAAGCGUCCCGAGAUCAAGGCGCAGAACCCUGACAAGACCAUGGCGCAGGUGGCGAGCCUGCUGGGGUCCAUUUGGAAGGGGAUGUCGGAGGAGCAGCAGAAGCCGUACCGUGACCAGGCCAAGGCGGCGAUGGACGCGUGGAAGGCCAAGCAGCAGGCGCAGCAGUCCGCGUAAGCAUGGGCAGCAAGCAUGACUGUUGUGGGAGCAGGGACGGGCACAGUGGUGGUGACGGUUGGGGCGGUGAGGAGUUGAUGGGGGCACGCGGCUCUAUAAUAGGGUGUGGCAAAGAGGAAGGCCGACACAUUGACACAGACAUCUAAGCAGGUUUUUGCUCGGUUUGGGCGAUGCGGUGGUUGCCGUUGUCGUUAGAUCAGCCGCAUGUAUUGGUCCAACGGCCGGGCUUCUUGUGAACUUAUUAUGUCCACACGUUGACUCAGAACCCAUUCAUUACCAUGGGUUCGGUCCACAGAGAUAAAGGGCAUGUUUUCUAUGCGUAUUGCCACAAGUAUGAUGUACAGUCUCACUGCGCUGUGCGUUUUGGUUGGAGGGUUCCGUGGAGGUUGUUCCUGUUGCGGCUGAUGCAAUGGUUGGGCGUGAAGGACAUGCGGCAUGCGUUUCUUCUGCUGUAAUGGACCUAACCAUGUCAACACUUCUGGGAUGGAAGGUUGUGGAUACCAAGCCUGCAAUUGCCGGAUUGCAAGCCCCCUGGGCAUUCCGUGGCCUAAACACACUUCACACAGACGCCCCACACGCAUGCACACGUUUUUCCACCCAACCGAUGGCAAUCAUGGUAUGCCGUUUGUGCAGCUGGGAAUGGAGUCUCGGGCGGAAGUAUCUUGCUUAACGUUAACUGUGACGCAAUCCGUUCGGAUCCGUUGAGGUAUGUGUGAACUUACAAGGCAGCCCUGGUCCACAUCUUAAGGUCAU